GUUCAUACACAUUUCGCCGGUUGCAUUUUCCGGCGAACUCGUCGGCGGCUCCCACUCUCCGGCUGAUACUUUUUAUUGUCCUUGUAGCUACUUUUUUUUUUUGUCGUAAUUCCGUUAGUUUCCGAAAAACAAAAAUGUUUCUUUUUGAUUGGUUCUAUGGAAUUUUAUCAUCCCUGGGUCUGUGGCAAAAGGAGGCGAAGAUAUUAUUCCUAGGGUUAGAUAAUGCUGGCAAGACCACCUUGCUUCACAUGCUCAAAGAUGAGAGACUAGUUCAGCAUCAACCUACUCAAUACCCAACUUCGGAGGAGUUGAGUAUUGGGAAGAUUAAAUUCAAGGCCUUCGAUUUGGGUGGUCACCAGAUUGCUCGUAGAGUUUGGAGGGACUAUUAUGCUAAGGUGGAUGCUGUGGUCUACCUGGUUGAUGCAUAUGAUAAGGAAAGAUUUCCAGAGUCAAAGAACGAACUGGAUGCUCUUCUAUUUGAUGAGUCACUGGCAAAUGUACCAUUCCUUAUAUUUGGAAACAAAAUCGACCUACCUUAUGCUGCAUCAGAGGAUGAGUUGCGGUAUAAUAUGGGCCUGACUAACUUCACCACAGGCAAGGGCAAGGUCAAUCUGACAGACUCCAAUCUCCGUCCUCUAGAAGUGUUCAUGUGCAGUAUUGUUCGCAAGAUGGGAUAUGGGGAAGGCUUUAAGUGGCUUUCUCAGUACAUCAAAUAGGGGAACAUAGUGCCCUCCUAGUUGUUGAUUAUCAUCAUGCUGAUGCAAUCUCAACAUAGUGCUUUGUUUGUUUUUAUGCGUUACUGCCCAUGUAAAUUGGAAAGUUCAGUCGUAGUUUUACUCUUACUUUGUUAUGAGGCUUAUUUGUUUCUAUAUGUUUUUGCAGCCUACGUUGGUUACUAAAAUUUUAGAACUAAUAAAG